UAAUUAUAAUAAAUUUACCAGCAUGUAAAAGUCGUUUUCCAGAUAUUAAUGAGGAAUGGUGAAUGUUGUUGUUACAAGUUGUACAUUAUUCAUAUUGUAAUUAUGUAAGAUUUUAGCUUCAUUUCACUGAAUGGAUUUUUUCAAUAGAAGACCAACAAAAGUAGAGUUAAUAUUUUCGCCAAGGGGUCCAUCAAUGCAGAUAUUUGAAAGCGAUUCGGUAACUUGGAAUUGUAGUCAGGCGCGGCAAGGCAGCGCUUUUGUAAAAGAAAGGGUCCUCAUUGUAGUUUUCGUGCUAACAAAGCAGGAGCCAAGAUGUCGGGAGAGGUGUAUCUCCUGUGGCUUCUGUCACUUUUACAAACGCUCUCAGCGUACGGAGCCAAAGUGUCAUCAGAGACAUGCAGAGAUUUGGGCUUCUCGAGCAACCUGCUUUGUAGCUCAUGUGAUCAACUGGUGGAGUUCAGCCUCUUGAAACUCCAACCUGACUGCAGACAAUGCUGCCAACAGGAGGCCCAGAUGGAAGCACGUAAGCUCUACCCUGGAGCCAUCCUGGAGGUGUGCGGAUGAAAAUUGGGGAGGUUCCCUCAAGUCCAAGCUUUUGUCAGGAGCGAGAAGCCUAAGAUGUUCAGAGGUCUUCAGAUCAAGUACGUACGAGGCUCGGAUCCUGUGCUCAAGCUUUUGGACGAUCAUGGGAACAUGGCUGAAGAACUCAGCAUCCUCAAGUGGAACACAGACAGUGUGGAGGAGUUCUUGAGUGAGAAAUUGGAACAGAUAUAGAAAUCUUUUGUCUUGAGUUUAGAAGGAGAAACACCUCUGCAGUCGUCUAUUCUUACUCAGAUGGUUUGUUUAAGUUAUCUGUCUUUGACCUUGCUGAUGAUUUAGCUUUCCUUGUCUGAGUUGCAGUGUGAAAAUUAGGAAUUUGGUUUUGUGGCGGUGGAAAGAUCCUUGUUUAUACGAAUGGCCAUGUGGUUUGAUCCGUCCCGGGCUGCUUCAUCUUGUUUCCAUGUGACCUUGACCAGUAGCAUGUGGGGAAAUAAUUCAGGUAAUUAUUCAAUGUUAAAACUGAUUUUAAGAAAACUCAUGUUCUAGGCGAGUGAAAUCACCAACAUUGCCAAGGCACCUUACUUUCGGGGUGAAACAUCUUUGGGCCUUGAUCAUUUGCUUAAGUUACAUUCAACAAGACAUUAACUGAACCAGAUAGGAUUCUUUCAUUUUGAACACCAUUUUUGUCUUUUUGCUGUCAUAUUUCUGUAAAAAUAUUUUUUUACAACUGUCAAUGUUAUGAUCAAUGGAGGUCUUCACGGUGAUGGACUCAGGUUCUCAGCCCAUGGAGGCGUUGUCCACUGAGGAGCAUGUUGGUGAAGAGCUCUCAGUAAACCAGUUGCUGGUGUGUGAGCUCUGAUGUUUAUCUGCUCCUCAGUAUCUCCUGCAGGGAGGAGAAACUCGGUUUGACUUGAAGACUGCUUUUUAAACGAGUGGAGAUACAAAUAUGCAACAAUAAAUAAAAAUGUAAA